AGAAUCAAGUCUGAGCUGCUGUGGCUUGCUCCCCACCCUCUGACGGGAAGACUGCACUGUAGGCUGAGGGGCCAACGGCCUCUCCCAUAUGGCACCUGCUCCAGGCCCAGAGUUGCUUAAAGCUUCCAGCAGUCUGUAGAAGCCCACACACUGGCAGGUGAGCAGAGCUAGACUUCACACUGAGCAGCUGCAGUCGGAGAAACCAGAGAAAGCGCCACCCAGCCCCAGAUUCCAAGAGGCCUGCUGGGGACUCCCUUCUCUUCCUCCUCCUCCUCCUCCUCCUCUGCCUCCUCCUCCGAAGACCCUAAAGCCACUAUCUGGCAUCAGCUCCUGAGCUGCAAUGGGACUGGCAGCCACCGCCCCCUGGCUGUCCUCUGCUCUGUCAAGCAGAUAGGGCUGACAGGGCGGUAGCUACCCCAGGAGUACCUGCUCCUCAGCCUGGGCCAGCCCUUCCAGGACUUGGUGGCUACCUUUGCUGACCUGAGGCCAUGUAGGCCCUAGCUCAAGCCUCUGGACAGACUGCUGGGGACAGUGCCUCUGUUCUCAGGGGCCACCCACUACACCAUCAUGCCCUGGGGACUCUCCUGGCUGUACUGUCUUGGGGUCCUUCUUGGCGUGGCUUUGGGGAACGAGAACUUGGAGAUGUGGACUCUGGCCCAGGAUAAGGAGUGUGAUCUCACAGGCUACCUCCGGGUCAAGCUGCAGUACAGGAACCGGCUUCAGUACAUGAAACAUUACUUCCCCAUCAACUACAGGAUCGCCGUGCCUUAUGAGGGGGUUCUCAGAGUCGCCAACAUCACAAGGCUGCAGAAGGCCCGGGUGAGUGAGCGGGAGCUGAAGUACCUGUGGGUCUUGGUGAGUCUCAAUGCCACCGAGUCUGUGCUGGACGUGCUGCUGGAGGGCCACCCAUCCUGGAAGUAUCUGCAGGAGGUUCAGAUGUUGCUGGAGAACGUUCAUCGGAGCCUCCUGGAUGUGGAGAUCGGGCCUCAGGUGGAAGCCGUGUUAUCUCUUCUGAGUACCCCAGGCCUAAGCCUGAAGCUGGUGCGGCCCAAAGCCUUGCUGGACAACUGCUUCCGGGUCAUGGAGCUGCUGUACUGCUCUUGCUGUAAACAAAGUCCCAUCCUAAAAUGGCAAGACUGUGAGCUGCCGAGUCUCCAUCCCCACAGUCCAGGGUCCUUCAUGCAAUGUGCAGCUGCCAAACUGUACCCUUUGCCUCGGCAGCCCCCCACCUCCCUGCCCAGUUCCCCAGGCUCAAGCCGUGGCCUGUUACCCUGAGUAGUCUGUGUGUGUAUGAGGACCCUGGGUCGGGCCACUGGAUGUUUUAGGAACUGGCCUGGGUCUGAGGCUUUCCUGGAUGGUGGGUAGGUAGCCCUUUAGGAAAGACCUCCCGGGAAAGGCAUUCUGCCUUCCUUAACACAAACAGGCCCAGCUUCCUGCCUUCGUACCUGUGGUAUCACCUGGAGCCUCCGGGAGAGGGAGGGGGAAGAAUCUGGAGGGGAAGGCCGGUUGCUCCCUCCACUUCCACCCCUACCUGUGUGUGGCUGGUUGCGAAAUCUGCAAACACUACUGCCCCACAGGUGGGUGCCCGGCGACGGGGUGCCACACAGGUUUCGAGGCUCUCUGGGGCUUUCUGAAUGUUGUUCUGAAUGUGGGGUGCGGGGCUGAGGGCUGACCAAAUGCCGUUAUCUUGCCACAACAGCGCUCUUCCGGUCCCUUUUUCUAUUAAAACAGCCACUUGUUUGGUUUGGCUUGCAUCUGUGACGGUAAACCUGGAGGGGCUGGGUUCUGGGGACGGAAGGGUGGGCCUGGGUGUGCCGUGGGUCUGGGUUUGGGUGUCUGGAGCCUGCAGUGGAGAGAGCCAUACCCAGGACCCAUGGAGCACUCUUUUCUUCUCUAGGCCCUGACAUCUCAGCAGGCCCACGUCAUGCCUGCUGGGGUGUCGAGGUGCCUGGUGGCCGUGGUCCUCCCGGCUUCCCCCACAGUCUCCACGGGAGUACUUAAAAGACCAACCCAGGUCCCUUCCCAAGUUCUUCUCCCCCCUCCCCCCUCCAACUUCUAUCAGUGACACCUGGCUUGGAGCCCCAGUCAGGAUGUGAAGGGGCAGGGAGUAGAGCGGGGAGCGAAGGCAGCCUAGGGAGGCCAGCAGGAGGCGGGGCGUUAACUACAGUACCACUUUAUUAAUACUGGUAUUCUUCACAGUGCAUUUGUUACUUGUAGCAGUGACUAUUUAAACCAAGGAGAGGAUGGAGAGGGGGGGUGGGUGGGAGAAUUUAUCCAAAACUUGACAGAAAGAAAAGAAUAGAAGUGGUUUUAAUGGGAGGGGAGGAUGGGAGGUGGGGACGAGGGUGAGUAGGAACCAGGAGGGGCGGCAAAAUAAAUUAAAAAAAAAAAAAAAGAACAA